UUCAACUUUUUCAAAUGUAUGGCCCUCAAGGUUCUUGCAUCCUGAAAGUCAUAAUUUGGACAAGGGUAAUGUCAUAAUUUUCAGGAGCAAAUGAGCCCUGCAUAUUGGUCGGGAAUUUGGGCAACCUGGUUGCACAUUUGAAAACAUUUAGCUUACAUUAUGUCUUGCUGCAGCCUCGCAGUGUGAUGUUUGCAUCUUUUGGCUAAACAUCAGUUUUACAGUGAGUUUGUGAGAUCAUGUUGCAUGUAUUUAUCCUUUACCACAGGAAAUGGCAUAAUUUGAUUUACCAGCUCCCCUUCAGUAUACCCAAACCAUUUUUAUGAGAUCCUGACUGUAAACUCUGGCAUUGGCAUCUCUAAGAUCUUCCUUUGCUGUUGGCCAAGUCAAGCAUUUUUAUUUUAUUUUUUACAAUGGGCCACUUAGGCCUACCCUACUAUUGUAACUUGCUGUGUAAAAUUGGGCCCACUAGCCUCUCUUGACAAGGAAAUGCUGCUUUAGUCUACUACAAAUACAGUCCAGUGAUACUUCAAGUUAUUUAUGUGAGGUGAUUGAUUUAUAGUUAUUUCUGCUCUCCCUCUCAGUAUGAAUGCCAGUAAUCUCUAUCAAUUCCUUUUGACACCAGCUUUCCUUUUAGACAACCUGCAUCACCAUGGCAGUCCCAAUACAUCAGGGUCAAAAGCUGUGUUGGUUUGACCAAGCAUAUGACCAUGUGAGAAGUAAAAGUGAGUGAAAUGCAAUGUCGAUAGUCUUAGGUAGACUGAGUGUUUGUAGUCGUGAUGCUGUGCAGAUGAUUUCAGCACCGGUGUCGUGGGAACAGCUCCACACUAUGUUUCAUGCUUUUGCUGGAGUGCGUGCAUGUGACCAAUAUAAUGUACGUUGGGGUUCAAGGCGUUUUUUCAGUUUAUUGAUCGCGUAUCUGUAGGUCGUAUAGGCUACGCUUGAUGUUCUACUGUAUACGUUUCCUCUAAGCUUUUCAGAAGGCAGAGGAGCCUGCAAUGUAGACUCAAGUGAUGAAUGUGGAACACAGAUGUGCAUCCACUGUGGGUGUGUGUGUGGACAGAGUACAGCUUUCGCAUUGUGUGAUACGUCAUUGCGAUCCAUGAUAAUUCUCUCUGCUACCUAUAUCGCCACUCCGGACGGUCCUCGACUCUGAAACGGCUUCGACUAGACAGUUUCAUCAGGUAAAUCUAAUGGGACAGUCAAGGCCUUUGAUUCCAUUUGCCUCGUCGCGCUGAGGUUGGAGAGGACAUAUUACUACCCUGAAGUGAAAAGCAAAGCUCAACGAAAUGACAAACAAGGAGUCCGAGGAUGUGGGUCUCUCCAUACCACUAUGCAUCUACAACGGAGCUUCCCAAACCAAUGGUACCUGCAUGGACCAAAUUGGCCGCUUCUUCCAACCGUUCUCCUCGACCUUUGCGCUCAUGGUGCUGGUGGCCAUGAUAAUUGGGAUAAUAUUGGUUUCCCUGGCAGCAUUUCACUUUAACAAGAGGAGAAUGAAGAAGAGGAAGAUCCAACGUGCCCAGGAGGAAUACGAGCGUGACAACCGCAGCCCGUCCACCAAGGCGAAGAGAGAGCCUACGAGACCAUGCAUUAUUGUCCGACCAUCGCCUCGAGAUGGCGAACACCGGCCACACUCCGCUGUCCAAAAUACCAGUUGUCACAUUCAGGGGGACGUCGGUACCUUACCCAUUACAAAUAAUGCGUCAGAAUUGGAUAUGGCACACAUUGAGCAAGGAGACGGACAAGUGCUGGAAACGGUCGUCUUGUCUUGAUAACGCUGCAAUUGAAAGUGUUGGGACUUUGUAAAUAAACAACAUCCACGUUAUAGUUCAGGUGUAACUGACAAAAAAACAUCAAUUUGGGAUUAACUGGGAAAAGCAAUAUGGCACAAAAACAAACAAUAUGACCUCAAGGAACUAUGUUUGCCAUUUUCAUCAUAAAUCACACCGAGUGGAUUGAUAUGUGCCACGUUUGUAAAUCGUGUAUAAAAGUCGAGUUCGUCAGUAUAUUGGAAUACAUUUGUGGAAUAAUUUCAGCAAAGGACAAUUUGGUAGAGUAUUGUAAAUUGAAGACAGGCCACAAGAGAGAGCGCUGUCCGUGGUUAUGAAAUCCCAGGCCCACUAGAAAGAGCGCUGUCCAUGGUGCUGAAAUGUAGAUACAUUCAUGUGCCCCUAGCACAAUUUCGUUGUGUAGAUGUAAAUUGCUAGUUGUCCAAGUAUUCUAAAGUAUUUAUUUCUGCGACUAUUUCUACUACUGGACUUGCAAAUGGUGGAAUUAGAUUUUUAUCUAAAGAAAUAUUGCCCCAAAAGUUCACUCAAACUUCUUAAAACCAGUUCCACAGAACAAGCUUCACUUUAUAAAUCAUUCAGUUGCUAUAUUGGCAGGCUUGAAAUAGGUGACAUAGCACAUUUUAUGUAAUAUGCUCUGGCGACCAUGCAUUCCUCUUAGUCUAAAUCCGUUUUAUUUUAUUUGUACAACACUUUCAAACGAAGAACAAGUAGAUGUAGGAAGAUACCUUAAGAGGAACCAGACUCUCUGAUUGGCAUGUGCUUUGGCACCCUUUCACAACGUUUUGCAGGAGCUAUCAAAUAAAGCUUUUAUGUCAUGUUUGACAAGGUCUCACAAACCUACUUCGGACUUUUGGCUUUGUUAAAAGUGUGGCAAGCAGUUUAAGUUUCCAUUUGUUGCGGUUAGGCAGUGCAGACUGUAUUUAGAAAUGGCCUCAAAUAAUUAUUUUCAGAGAUACAUAGUUUAAUUAAAAUUAUGCAUUUUUAUUGGUUGUUGAUAUAAAGGACAUCAAUAUUUUCUUUAAUGUCUUUAAGAUGACUGUAGGUUCUAGCAUGUGUGACUUCUUGUAGGGCACAAUGCGUUUGGUUUGUAAUAAUGCACUAUUCCAGAUUUAAUUGACUUUCAUGUGCCAGAUAGCUGUGAGUCCUAAUAGCCUAUAGCAGUCCAGUAUUUAUAAUGUACCCUCUGAAAUGUAAUAAAUGGGGCAUCAUAAAUAUUU